AUGACAGACACCGAAAAAGCCACUCAAGAUGUCCCCGACAAGGCCGAGGGCGAGAUUCUCCCUGUCGAAGGCAACGAGCUGCACCGGACCUUCAAAGCCCGUCAUAUCCAGAUGAUCUGUCUUGGAGCCAAUCUCUCCAGCGGCCUCUUCGUCAGCACCGGAAAGGCCCUCAAAUACGGCUCCGCAUCUGGCAUGUUAAUCGGCUACUCGGUCGUCAGCAUCGCCGUGUACCUCCUCAUGAGCCUUCUGACUGAAAUCACCUGCAUCUGGCCCACAUCCGGCAGCUUCAUCGACCACGCCGCCCGUUUCGUCGACCCCGCCCUCGGCUUUGCAAUCGGCAUCUGCGAAUGGUUCGCCUACAUGACCAUCGUCGCCUCCGAAGCCGCCAUCGUCCGCGUCCUCCUCACCUGGUGGACCACCGCCAUCCCCACCGCCGCCUGCAUGACCGUCUUCCUCGCCAUCAUCUUCACCAUCCACGCCCUCCCCAACCGCGUCUUCGCCGAAUUCGAAUUCCUCACCGCCUGCGCCAAAGUCACCAUGAUGCUCAUCCUCAUCUUCACCUGCAUCGCCAUGCUCGCCGGCGCCGGCUCCCCCCCUACCACCCCACACGCCUGGAACUAUACCUCCGCCCCGGCCUUCCCCAACGGUUUCCGCGGCGUCUGCCAAUCCAUUCCCCUCGCCGUAUGGGCCAUGGGCGUGCAAGAAAUCAUGGGCAUCAGUGCCGGGGAAGCCCGCUUUCCGCGCUGGGACAUGCCCCGGGCGUGUCGCAACCUGUUCGUGCGGCUGAUCCUCUUCUACGAACUCUCCAUCGUCUUCAUCACCCUCCUCGUCCCAUAUACCUCCUCUGCCCUCCUAAGCUCCGAAGGAACCACAGUAGCAGCCUCCCCCUUCGUCAUCGCCCUCCAAUCCGCACACAUCCCAUUCCUCCCCUCCCUCCUCAACGCCAUCAUCCUCCUCGGCGUCUGCUCCAACGCCACAGAAGCAAUGUACGUCGCCUCGCGCAUCCUCACCGCGAUGUCAAAAAUGAACAUGCUCCCCCCUGCGUUCUGCAAAAUCGACACCAGAGGCCGACCAUACCUCUCCCUCUUAUUUACAGCGAUCUGCUCGACAAUAUGCACGUAUAUCAAUUGUACCGGACCCGGCGCGCAGAUUUUUACCUGGUUUAGUUCGAUCUCCUCGACGGUGUUUUUUCUCGCGUGGUUGACGGUCGCCGUGACGAAUAUUAUGAUGCGCAGGGCGGUGAAAGCCCAGGGUGAUAUGGUGUUUGAGGAACCGUUUGCCGUCCGGGUCAGGGGAUCUCCUUUGCCCGCCAUGAUGUUAUUAGUAUUGUGUUUGGGGUGUCUGGGGAUGAUGGCGUAUGUGAGUAUCCGCCCCAUUGGGGAAGAGGCCUCGGCGGAGAGCUUCUUUGAGGUAUUCCUUGGAGUACCCGUGUUUAUGGCCGUGUUUGUGGGGUAUAAGGUGUGGUUUGGGACGAGGGUGGUGGAUCCGAGGACGGCGGACUUGGGGACCGGACGGAGGAGGUUAACGCCGGAGGAGAUGCGGGUGUUGGAGGAGUAUAAGGCAAUGCCAACUUGGAGGCGGGCGGGGUCGUAUGUGCGGUUUUAG